AUGGCUCAAACGGCAGGAGUAAAGCCUAUAACUAUUGUUGGUCGUGUGGCAUCAGAACGAGAAAGAUGUCUUGGUAUGACUGAUGCAGAAAGGGCUUGGCGAAAACAAUGGUUAAAAGACCAAGUCUUAGCUGCAAAUGAACCGGUAUAUGUAGAGGAAUACUGGAGAGAACGUACUAAUCCUAUACGUCGAAUCUAUCGUAAACCUCUGGAUGUGUUUUACACAGCACUUACCCCUUUUUUGGGUGCUCAACGUGCUGCGGACUAUAGAUAUAUAACUGGAAAACUUGGGCUUAUGGCUCUUGGUAUCUUGGGUAUACAUUACUACUUUAAAUAUCAUGGAAAUGAUUGGACAAAGAAAGGAGGUUGGAGAGUAAUAAGAACCAAGCCUAUGGUUCUACCAGGCCAACCUGGUUUUCCAUUCAAAUCAGAGCGGACACAGGACUCUGAUUAUGCCAAUAGAGGAUUCAAAUCUUCUCCCUUG